CCCGGCGCCCGCAGCUCCCGCCGGUGCCCGAAGGCCGAGAGAUCACGAGCUGCCCCUCGGAACACAAAACCAGCUUUCAGGGGAAAGCCGCAGGCUCCGGCUUUUCCCACGGUGGGAAUCACGAGUGCCUGCCCGCCCUCGCUGCCCGGCGGCCGGGGGAGGAGGCAGCGGGAGGGGGCCGGGCGCGGGCAGCCCUGGCACUGCUGAGGGGCCGCGGGCCGGCCUCGGAGGGAGCGCCACACGCACUGCCAGGGCUGGGCUCCGGCAGCCAGCGCCGCUCCUGCCGCCGCCUCCUCCCUCCGUGCCUCCUCCUGCUUUCUCCUGCCUCCUCCUGCCUCCCUCCUUGCCUCAUCCUGCCGCCUCCUGCCUCCUCCGUGCCGCCCCCGCCCCAGCCGGCCCAGCCGCGUUUGUCUCCUGUGCUGCCGCGGCACUGGGCGCGGCGCGGGGAAGGGAUGGCGGGGGUCGCUGCCCGGCUGCUCGGGGCGCUGUGCCUCGCCGCCUGCCUGCCCCCGGCGCUCGGGAGGGACGCCGGAGCGCAGUGGACCCUGGAGAAGUAUUCUCACCAACCAAGAAUUUUAGGUUCUGAUGCUAUUGAAAAAGUUGUGGCCAACACAGAUAUUUCUGAAAUGUGGGAGAAUGAUUUGCGCCCUAUCCUGAUUGAAAGAUACCCAGGAUCAGAAGGAAGUUACAUCGUGCGACAGCAUAUCAAGCACCGUCUUCAAACAUUAAAGGCUGGUUGGGAAAUUGAAGAAGAUACAUUUCAGAAGUACACACCAUAUGGCUAUAAAACAUUUUCAAAUAUUAUUGGCACUCUUGAGCCCUCUGCAAAACGCCAUCUCGUACUUGCUUGCCACUACGACUCAAAAUUCUUUGGACAACAAUGGCAUGGCAGAGUUUUUGUGGGAGCAACUGAUUCAGCUGUGCCUUGUGCCAUGAUGUUGGAGCUGGCACGGGCCCUGGAUAACCAGCUUCAGUUAAUCAAGGCCAGCCCAACAUCAAGACCAGACCUUUCACUUCAGCUCAUUUUUUUUGAUGGUGAAGAAGCCUUUGUUCGGUGGUCCCCUUCUGAUUCCCUCUAUGGAUCUCAACACUUAGCUCAAAAAAUGGUAUCGACUCCACACCCACCUGGUUCAACAACCACAAACCAGCUGCAGGGCAUAGACCUGUUUGUACUACUGGAUUUAAUUGGUGCACCAAACCCAGUCUUUCCCAAUUAUUUUCCAAAGACUCUUCGAUGGUUUCAGAGGCUUCAAGCAAUUGAGCAAAAGCUACAGAACAUGAAUCUGCUGAAGAAUCACCCUGUUGGAAGUCAGUAUUUCCACAGUACUUUACAUCGAGGCUUGGUUGAAGAUGAUCAUGUUCCAUUUUUGCGACGAGGGGUUCCAGUCCUGCAUCUGAUUCCAUCCCCUUUUCCUGCAGUAUGGCAUACCAUGAUGGACACAGAAGAAAACCUUGACAAAGCCACUAUCGACAAUCUCAACAAAAUCCUGCAAGUGUUUGUACUGGAAUAUCUCAACCUAUGAAAGACAAAAUAUCAACAAACUGUACACCAUUCACACUACUGUUUGCCCACCUUCACACUUGUUAUUUAAUUGCAUUGGAGAGUACCAAGGUGAAGAAAAAUGUGACAGCUCUUGCUAGACUGAUUAUUGAUUGAGCUAUUCAUGGCCCAUUGAUCCAGUAGCCAAAUAAGAUACCAUUAAAUAAGACUUAGCUCAGCCUGGAAAGAAUUUGAUCUUUCCAUGUUUUGUGUCUGAAUAAAAAAACUCCAGAAUCUUUCCAGAUUGUUAUCAUUGUUUUUUGUCACGUAUUAUGAUCCCAGAAGGAAAUGCCUCAUGACUUAAUUACAUGAUACCCUUUUUACAAGGUGUGACCAACUUUUGCAGUGUUCAGCUAUGGAAAUUUAUGCCAUGUUAUC